AUGGCUACUGGUCGCAAUACCAGACAAAAGCAGGUUGUGCUGUCGCCUGACUUGGAGAAAUUCCUCACUCUCCUAAUUGAGGAACAGAGUGCCACUAUAAAUGCCAAUAUAAAGAAAACUAUCGACGAGGCACUGAAGCCAAUAUCAGCCACGCUGCAGGAGAUUAAAGAGACGGCGGCUACCCACGCAGCUAAGCUAUCGGAUAUGGAAACCGCUUUGUCCGAUCAUAUUGAACGCAUCACAAAGUUGGAGACUACUUGCUCUCGUCUGCAGAGCGACAACGAUGAUCUCAACACCAAACUACUGCAAAUGGAACGACGCAGCAGAUUGUUAAAGCUCCGCGUCGUGGGGAUCCCAGAUUUAUUUGAAAGGGGCUCAGAUCCGGUCAAAUUCAUGGCCGACUUCUUUGUGGAAGCCCUGGGGGACUGCUUCACCACCCCCCCGACCUUGGACGCCGCGCACCGCAUUGCCCCCCCCCGCGAUUCAAAACCUGAUGCCAAGCCAAGGAUCUUCAUUGUCAAAUUUCAUUAUCGUCAGGACAAAGAGCGUGCCCUGAAAGGCAGAAAAGGCCAGCGCACGUUCCGUGGGCACAACAUUCUACUGUUUCCCGACGUACCAUCCAGCGUAGCCAAACAGCGUGCAUCGUUUACUGAUGUGAAACACUCCUUCUGGAAAAGAAACGUAAAGAUGGUCACACAGGACGACGACAGCCUGCGGGUGGUCCACGAGGGAGUGAGAUAUGUUUUCGACUGUCCGAAGGAAGCGCAAAAAUUUUAUGAUCGAAACUUCCCCGACGAGGCCAUGGAUGGGGAUUAA